CGUUACCCUGGCAGCGCCAGGAUUUUGGGAAGGGGGAGGAGGGGGAUAGCGGCACGCCUUCCCUUUUGCCCGACGCGACCCGGAAGAGGUGGUGGAGGUUGGUAACAAUUUAGAAGAAGGAAAAAAAAAAAAAGGAGGCUAUGUUCAGCUUCUUCCGAAAAAGCCAGGAUUCAAAGAAAGUGACAGUGCCUGAGAGAGAAGCAGAUGGAUUUGUUAUUGUGGGUGACACAAUUGAUGAUCAAAGUAGAGAGUCAAAGGAUAAAACUUCAUUUCCAGAGACCAGACCCAUGUACAAGCAGCCUUCACAGAUAAAUACAGGGCACCGAUCGCAGUUGAGUGUAUCAAGUGCCGAGGUGGGAAAUGAAAGGAGUCAAAAUUUGGAAAGCAGCCCUUUCAUGUCAGAUCUUCUGAGUGACGUACCCUUUGCCCUAGCACCACAUGUGUUAGCAGUACAGGGCACCCGUAAUGACGUUCCUGACCGAUUGCUCACCUACGACAUCAAUGAUAAUUUAUCAAGAUUUUGGUAUGACUUUACCCUUGAAAAUUCAGUGCUUUGUGAUCCGUAAUGUUUUCUUUAGUAUUUCUGUCUGUGUCAAGGAAAAAGUCCUAAGGUGAAGAUACAGACUUAAUCGACUUAAUAUUUUGGGGGACUACCACUGAUGAAUCAGAUGAAUUGUGUGAAAAGGAUUCUUAUUCACAACCAUGUUGUAUUUCUUAGCUUUAAGUGAACCGUAACUUAACGAUGUUAAAUAUUCUGGUUAUUUCAAAAGAAAUCAAGCAAAACUGUUUCAGCCUGAGACUGCUUGUUGCUAUCUACUUCCAGUAGGUAGGCUACAGACACAAACAUUUCAUAACUUUAAGAUGAAGUCUACACACGCCUGCACUGUUUUGUUAUUUCACUCAGAUACUAAACACAUAGAUCCUGUUGCAUGUGUUAAGAUCACCUCUGAUUUUCUACAGAUAGAAACCAGUAUUAACACUAAAGCAAUAUUGCUUUGCACUCCUGAACAGACAGCUUUUCAGUUAGACCAAGUUUUAAAACUCAGAGUUCAUUACGAGUACUUAAAUAAUUGUGAAGACUUAAUAGAACUGGUAAAAUUUACUAAUUUCAAGGUAAAAAUCAGUUGCUCUGCUCCCUUUCCAAUAGAUGGUAUUUUUGUCCAUCUCAUGUUGUGCCUGGAGAAGUCCUUGCCUCCUGCGUGUUGGCUGCUGUUUGUUCUCAUUACCACAUGUGUUCCUGAUUUAUACACAGAUCAGCUUUUCCAUUUUAACCUCUUUGCCCCCUGAAGAAGGAAAUCUCAGGACACGUACUUUUAAUGGUCACACCCUUCUUUUUUCAAUUUGUGUGCCAGAGAUACACAUGGCAAUGUUUAGCAACAGGAAAACAUUACAUUGUUUCUUAUCCAGCUAAAUUAAAUGGCUAAGUACCUAAACAUGCAUUCUCACAGACCACUGUCCCCCCUGCUCACAAGCUUUAAGCAUGUUUUUCCCCGACUAAAACCAGAGCUGCUGUUGCACGAGCAGCAGCUCCCUGAUGUGGUGGCAUGAGUUUUGAUGAAUAAUGAUCUGUGUCACACAAAAAAAACACUUGUUUUUUCUCUCGGGGUAGAAUAUUUAUAUUGUGCCAAACAUUAGUGGAUAUUUUCAUAUAUUUUCUAUGCUCUGUGCUAGCUUAAGAUACAUAUAUUUUCAGACUUGCAUCCUCUUAUAGUUUUUGAGAGAAAUACUGUAAAUGAUGGAGAAAUUACAUUGUGAAUACGUCUUAGGUUGUUAAAUAUUUGUGGUUUAGAUUUUUUUAAGUGUAUGUAUUUAAUAUUUUUGACAGCUGUGCUCAUAAAUGUUUUGAAGUUAUUGUUUCAGGGACAGUAUCUCUUCUACAGUCCAAUAAAAAACAUGCUAAAU